UACUUCAACUUCAUCUCUUCACUAGUAUUCCGCACACCAAACGCACCCUAAAACUCGCACCAAUCCAAUGAAGAAGAAAGACUCAAACUCUCACUUUGACUCGUUGACAAAAAAGAAGUACAAAGGAGUCAGAAUGAGAAGCUGGGGUUCAUGGGUAUCCGAAAUCCGAGCCCCUAACCAAAAAACAAGAAUAUGGCUUGGCUCACACUCAACCCCGGAAGCCGCAGCCCGAGCCUACGACGCCGCGGUCCUAUGCCUCAAAGGACCAUCAGCCAACCUCAACUUCCCACCUCAUCAAUACCACAAUAUCCAUCAUACAACCGCAGUCAUGUCUCCUAAAUCAAUCCAAAAGGUGGCGGCUGCGGCUGCAGCCGCCGCAAGUACCACAGCCCCCAGUUCACCACUGGCGGCUGUGGUUGCAGCCAGUACAACUUCAUCGUCAUCAGUUGACGAUGAAAUCUUGGUUGGAAGUGAUUGUUUUAAUUCGACAACGUAUGAACCGUCUUGGUAUAAUUUGGAUGCACCUAUAUAUAAUGAUAUGUUUCAUGAUGCAUCAGUGUUUGAUGAUCCUUUGUGGACUAUGAUGAUCCAAGAUGUUGAUGAAGGUAUUGGUGAUAUUCCUUUAUGGAGCUUCUGCUGAUUUUUUGGUGCUGAAGUUUAAUUGGAUUUUAUUAAUUAAUUAAUUAGUUUGUAGCUUGUGUCAUGGAUGAUCUUUCAUAUUAAUUUUUUUGAAGGUCACCAUUUACUCAAAAUAAUAUUUGAGAAAUAUUUAUUGUCGUCAUUAAUUUAAUUCAAUUAAUUGUAAUAGAUAUCAUAUUCAUAUAUGUUAUAUAUAAGGUUGACUAUUAUUGAUAUAUAAUAUAUAAUAAUUGGAUGAUUAUAAUUUUUGUUUGCAGUCAACAAUACUUUUUUACUUUUGAAAAGUUAUAAAAAGUGCAUUGAAAAUAAAUUUGAACA